GUUCUCAGUCACUGAUUCCAGGUCCCAGGAGUCGACUUUGGCUCGAGGAAGUCAGGCGCCUUAGGUGGGGCAGUUGACACUCGCGCAGCGUCUUGCUCACCUCGGUGCGCGGCGGCGCGCGGGUUUGGGCGGGGAGGGGGCCGGGCCUCGGGAAGGACGCGCGCCGCUCAGUUUGACCCCGGCGACGUUCCGUACCGUCGCGGAUUUUGGCGGCGGAAACAUGGCGGUCGCGGCCGGGCUGGUAACGGAGAAAGUUUCCACAAACACCGGCCUGUAUUAGCGCGUAUGGCCUCGGGCCCUCGUUCCCCAAGGCGUGCCGCCUCCCUGUUUUCCGUCGCAGGCGAAGCCUUGUCUGCCCUCCUCCUUUUUGGUUUGGUUUUGGAACUGAUUCCGAGGUUUGGGAGAGCGCGUUGGUGGCGACGGCCGAGUCAGAUCACUAUAAACAAAAUUUCCACGAGAGAAAAUGUUGAAAUAGGAGUUGCGGAUACACUGGAUAUACUGGAUGAAAUACAAGCAGUUAAUUUUUGUAACGUGAGGGAAAAGCCCACAUUGCUGGUUACAUGUGUAAAUCACUGCGUUACUGCUUUAGUCAUUGUCUCUAUUUAGCAAUGACAAGACUGGAAGAAGUAAAUAGAGAAGUGAACAUGCAUUCUUCAGUGCGGUAUCUUGGCUAUUUAGCCAGAAUCAAUUUAUUGGUUGCUAUAUGCUUAGGUCUAUACGUAAGAUGGGAAAAAACAGCAAAUUCCUUAAUUUUGGUAAUUUUUAUUCUUGGUCUUUUUGUUCUUGGAAUCGCCAGCAUACUCUAUUAUUAUUUUUCAAUGGAAGCAGCAAGUUUAAGUCUCUCCAAUCUUUGGUUUGGAUUCUUGCUUGGCCUCCUAUGUUUUCUUGAUAAUUCAUCCUUUAAAAAUGAUGUAAAAGAAGAAUCAACCAAAUAUUUGCUUCUGACAUCCAUAGUAUUAAGGAUAUUGUGCUCUCUGGUGGAGAGAAUUUCUGGUUACGUCCGUCAUCGACCCACUUUACUAACCACAAUUGAAUUUCUAGAGCUUGUUGGAUUUGCCAUUGCCAGCACAACUAUGUUGGUGGAGAAGUCUCUGAGUGUCAUUUUGCUUGUUGUGGCUCUGGCUAUGCUGAUUAUUGAUCUGAGAAUGAAAUCGUUCUUAGCUAUUCCAAACUUAGUUAUUUUUGCAGUUUUGUUAUUUUUUUCCUCAUUGGAAACUCCCAAAAAUCCGAUUGCUUUUGCAUGUUUUUUUAUUUGCCUGAUAACUGAUCCUUUCCUUGACAUUUAUUUUAGUGGACUUUCAGUAACUGAAAGAUGGAAACCCUUUUUGUACCGUGGAAGAAUUUGCAGAAGACUUUCAGUCGUUUUUGCUGGAAUGAUUGAGCUUACAUUUUUUAUUCUUUCAGCAUUUAAACUUAGAGACACUCAUCUCUGGUAUUUUGUAAUACCUGGCUUUUCCAUUUUUGGAAUUUUCUGGAUGAUUUGUCAUAUUAUUUUUCUUUUAACUCUUUGGGGAUUCCAUACCAAAUUAAAUGACUGCCAUAAAGUAUAUUUUACCCACAGGACAGAUUACAAUAGCCUUGAUAGAAUCAUGGCAUCCAAAGGGAUGCGCCAUUUUUGCUUGAUUUCAGAGCAGUUGGUGUUUUUUAGUCUUCUUGCAACAGCGAUUUUGGGAGCAGUUUCCUGGCAGCCAACAAAUGGAAUUUUCUUGAGCAUGUUUCUAAUUGUUUUGCCAUUGGAAUCCAUGGCUCAUGGGCUCUUCCAUGAAUUGGGUAACUGUUUAGGAGGAACAUCUGUUGGAUAUGCUAUUGUGAUUCCCACCAACUUCUGCAGUCCUGAUGGUCAGCCAACACUGCUUCCCCCAGAACAUGUACAGGAGUUAAAUUUGAGGUCUACUGGCAUGCUCAAUGCUAUCCAAAGAUUUUUUGCAUAUCAUAUGAUUGAGACCUAUGGAUGUGACUAUUCCACAAGUGGACUGUCAUUUGAUACACUGCAUUCCAAACUGAAAGCUUUCCUCGAACUUCGGACUGUGGAUGGACCCAGACAUGAUACGUAUAUUUUGUAUUACAGUGGGCACACCCAUGGUACAGGAGAGUGGGCUCUAGCAGGUGGAGAUACACUACGCCUUGACACACUUUUAGAAUGGUGGAGAGAAAAGAACGGUUCCUUCUGUUCCCGGCUUAUUAUCGUAUUAGACAGCGAAAAUUCAACCCCUUGGGUGAAAGAAGUGAGGAAAAUUAAUGACCAGUAUAUUGCAGUGCAAGGAGCAGAGUUGGUAAAAACAGUAGAUAUUGAAGAAGCUGACCCGCCACAGCUAGGUGACUUUACAAAAGACUGGGUAGAAUAUAACUGCAACUCCAGUAAUAACAUCUGUUGGACUGAAAAGGGACGCACAGUGAAAGCAGUAUACGGUGUGUCAAAACGGUGGAGUGACUACACUCUGCAUUUGCCAACGGGAAGCGAUGUGGCCAAGCACUGGAUGUUACACUUUCCUCGUAUUACAUAUCCCCUAGUGCAUUUGGCAAAUUGGUUAUGCGGUCUGAACCUUUUUUGGAUCUGCAAAACUUGUUUUAGGUGCUUGAAAAGAUUAAAAAUGAGUUGGUUUCUUCCUACUGUGCUGGACACAGGACAAGGCUUCAAACUUGUCAAAUCUUAAUUUGGACCCCAAAGCGGAAUAUUAAUAAGCACUCAUACUACCAAUUAUCACUAACUUGCCAUUUUUUGUAUGCUGUAUUUUUAUUUGUGGAAAAUACCUUGCUACUUCUGUAGCUGCUCUCACUUUGUCUUUUCUUAAGUAAUUAUGGUAUAUGUAAGGUGUUGGGAAAAAACAUUUUAUAAUGAAAGUAUGUAGGGAGUCAAAUGCUGACUGUAAAUGCAUAAGAGAUGUUAAAAAUAACACUGCACUUUCAGGAGUGUUUGCUUAUGGUCCUGAUUAGUAAGAAAACAGUUGUCUAUGCUCUGCAAUGGCCAAUGAUGAAUUACUAAUGCCUUAUUUUCUAGGCAUAUAAUAGUUUAGAGAAUGUAGACCAGAUAAAUUUGUUUACUAUUUUAAGAAAACUACCAGUUUACUUACAGAAGAUUCUUUUUUCCAAACAGUAGGUUUCAUCUAAGACCAUUUGAAGAACUGCAAACUCUUUCUCUUAGAAAACAAAGAGGGCUGCCUAAAAUAAACACAAAAUUUGCUUCUACUCCAUCACAUUCAGAUGUCUUGGUUGUGACCUAUUACCAGUGUAGCAGAGAACCCAAGUUACAUUUUAGAUCAAAACAUUGUUUAUGUAGGUAUUGUUAAAAGGCUAGCGCCUACAAAUUGCCCUUUCAUGCUUUGGUCAGGGGGCCCUGAAAACACUGGUAAUAUUAAGAGUCUUUCUCAGGGUAACUUAAUGUUUUCUUAAUGAACAAUGUUUCCAGCUACAAAUUCUUCCAAUAAACUGUCUUCCUUUUUGAAAAGUACUCUCAUAGAAGAAAUUUAGCAAUUUCUCAUUUACUGACUCAAUCUGUUUUAAGUAUUCAGAAAAGAUUUUGAUCCCUAUUGAGUUAAUUCUCUGCCAUGAAAAUUAUUUUUCUGAUCCUUGUUAGUGAUAACCUUUUUUUUCUACUGAAGGUCAAAGGCUAGGAAACAAGUCAUUUCUUGUAUACAUGUAAUGUAUUAUGUAAAAAAGUAUUCAUAUUGGCAAUUUUAGUUAGGCAUAAUAGUGUGGUUGUAAUUUUUAAAACUUAGUGUUUGUCUGAUUAAAGCAGGCACUGAUCAGGGUAUCUCCUAAGAGGUAAUUCACUUCUAAUUCCUUUCCAAUAAUUAUUACAUUCUAAAUUUUCAUCUAUGAGAAGUAACAAGAAGGGAAUAGAAUUAAAUUGGAGAAUAAUCUAAUCUUCAUUGUUUAAAUGGUUUGACUUCUCACCAUUGAAGCCAUUUUUUCUAGCCUCAGAAAGAGGAAAUAAUGCCUCCACCAUUUUCUACCUGGUGACUUGAAAAUUGAACUUUUCAGUUAGGAAGAAGAGUCGGGGAACUUGUAUACCACUAUCUAUGCAGCAUUGUUAUAGUCUGAUUAUUUCUGUGUUUUGAGUAUGAUUUUCCUAAUGCUCUAAAUAAAAUUUUGUUAAAAAUUAA